UUGGCCAGGGAGGCGCCCUAAAUUGCCACACCUACCAGCUCGCCCCAAAUCAUACGGCGACGGGCGGCGGGGUGGAUGUAGCCGCCGUCUUCUGCUUCUUCUUGCUCCGGAUCGUAGCUUGACGGAGCGUACCGGGCAGGGCAGCGGCCAUGUCGGCGUCGGUCCGGCACGGCUCGUCGAGGGCCCAGGCAUGGUUCUGCACCACCGGGCUGCCAAGCGACGUCGUCUUCGAGGUGCACGACAUGAGUUUCCACCUCCACAAGUUCCCGCUCAUGGCCAAGAGCCGCAAGAUCCACCGCAUGCUCACCGAGCAAGAGGAGCAGCGGCCGGCGCGGCGGCGGCGGCGGCGAAGGACUAGUGGCGACGGAGGCGAUUCCGGCGAUGACGGUGCUGCGGAAACAGAGAUUGAGGAAGCAGAGGAGGAGGAGGAGGAAGUGGAGCGGGAUGAGCAACAGCAGGUUAGGAGGGAGGGCGACGGGCAGGUGUACAGCAUUGUCUUCCCGGACUUCCCGGGCGGGCCGGGCACGUUCGAGGUGGCGGCCAAGUUCUGCUACGGCGUCCGCGUGGACCUCACCGCCUGGAACGUCGCGCCGCUGCGGUGCGCGGCCGAGUACCUGGAGAUGACGGAGGACCACGCCGAGGACAACCUCGCCGCGCGCGCGGAGGCCUACCUGGAGCAGACCGUGCUCCGGCACCCCUGCGACGCCACCAAGGCGCUCAAGUCCUGCGAGGAACUGCUGCCGCUCGCCGAGGAGCUCGGCAUUGUGGACCGCUGCGUCGAGGCCAUCGCCGCGCGCUCGUCGGCCGCGUCGCGGUCCUGGUUCGACGACCUGGCCGUGCUCGGCCUGCGCAUGUACAAGCGGGUCAUGGCGGCCAUGGCCACGCGCGACGACGUGAGGGCGGAGGCCCGGGAGAGCUGCCUCGUGUCCUACGCCAGGAGCACCAUCCCGGGGCUGUCGAGGUCCAUACGGCGGCGGCUCGCGUCCGCGCCGGUGUCGUCGGAGGUGGAGCAGAAGGAGCUCCUGGAGGCGGUGGUCGCGAGCCUCCCCGCGGACAAGUGCUCGGGGCGCGUGGUCACCGCCAAGUUCCUGUUCGCGCUGCUCCGGACGUCGCACAUCCUGCGCGCCUCGGACGCGGCGCGCGCGGCGCUGGAGCGCAAGGCCGCGACGCAGCUGGAGCAGGCCGCGCUGGAGGACAUGCUCAUCCCGAGCUACUCCGGCGCCGCGGAGACGCUCUACGACGUGGACUGCGUCGAGCGGAUCGUCAGGUACUUCCUCGCCGAGGAGGAGCUCGGCGGCGAGGCGGAGUCGUCUUCGGCCGCGAUUGAGGAGGAGGCCGCCCAAGUGCCGCGGCCGUCCGCCGUGGCCGUGGUGCAGGUGGGCAAGCUGGUGGACAGCUACCUCGCCGAGGUCGCGUCCGACGCCAACCUGAAGCCCGCCAAGUUCUGCGAGCUCGCGCUGUCGUUGCCCGAGCAUGCCCGCAUCUACGACGACGGCGUCUACCGCGCCGUCGACAUCUACCUCAAGGCGCACCCGCGGCUGACCGCGGAGGAGCGGGACAGGGUGGUGGGCGUGGUGGACUGCCGGAAGCUGACGGUGGAGGCGUGCACGCACGCGGCGCAGAACGAGCGCCUCCCGCUGCGCGCGGUGCUGCAGGUGCUCUUCUUCGAGCAGCUGCAGCUCCGCCGCGCCAUCACGGGCACGCUGCUCGCGCCCGCCCCUCCGCGCGCGGCGGCGCUGGCGCAGGAGAGCCAGGUGCUGCGGCUGGACAUGGACAGCGUGGCGAGCCGGGUGCAGGAGCUGGAGCGCGAGUGCUCCAGCAUGCGGAGGGCCAUCAAGAAGAUCGACGGCCGCGGCGGCAGCCGGUCGCCCGGCGGUCGCAGCCCGGACGGCGGCGACGGAUCGGGGCCCGCGGCGGGAGGGCGGAGGGCGCGGCACGGGUGCAAGUUCAGCACGCAGGUGUGCGACUCGCAAGCGCGCAACGUGGUGGCGUCCAGGGCGUCCAGGAUGGGGAUGAGCCCGUAGGCCGUGGCCCGUACGUUCAGUUGCAGGGCUCGUCCGUAUCCUUCGGCGCUCGAUUCAAGCAUGAACUUUUUUCAAGCAAUCGCAAACAAUCCGAUGGGACACGAGAAUGCUGAGAAGUUUCAGACCGUUAACCGUUGGAGAGAUCCAAGAUCUCAGGCCCCGCACGUUUUCGUCUCAGAUCCAUGGGCCUGAAUGGCACCGUGUCGACCUCGACGACCUGAGACGGAGGGAUGAGAAUCCAUGUGCGCUGUCUGUACCAGGAGGCGCGGUUUGUAUAAUGUAGGCUCGUUUCUACUGUACUCGAUUGCGUACAUGUCCAAUAGUCAGUUGCUACUCCGUUUGACAUGGAUGCCAUACAAGUGACAGCCCUCUCCGCCGGACCUGUCGGGGUUUCAUCAGGUUGCAGUACACGCGGGAACAUAUUGCUUUGAACAA